UUCAAAUAUUAACAGUUUGUUGUGACAUACUUUGUUCAAUAUUGUUAAUAAUGAAAAAAUCAUUAACUGAUAUUGAGGUGGAUAUCAAUUUGUUUCAAAGUGAUUUAAAAGAUAUCAAUCGAGAAUUCAUCCGGAAAAUCGUUUCGAUAUUCAAUGCUACUUAUGUUUAUGGUGAAGCAAUAUGCAAAUGGCUAUCGUUGACACAUGAUCCCAAACUACCACAAAACACUUACAUUUUGAAUGACAAUAAAGUUAUUCAAUUCGAUUCAGGUAAAGAUUUUGUUGUCGUUCUAACUAAUGAUGGAGGAGUCUAUCUAGCCAGAAGUGAAUAUUCAUGUUGGAAAACGUUUUAUUUUACGUUUAAUUGUUGGCAAUCUAUCUCGACUAAAUCUAAUGAUUGUUUUGAAAUGAUAGCAUGUGGACGUAAUCAUUUGUUGUUGUUACGACAAGAUGGUACUGUUUUCGCUCUGGGAAGUAAUAACUAUGGCCAAUCGACUGGUAAUUCACAAUCAUCGUUUAAAACUCUCGUCAAUACUGGUUUGAAAAAUGUCAAAAUAAUAGCGUGUGGGGAAUACCAUAGUCUUGCUGUCACCAAUACUAAUGAAAUUUAUUCCUGGGGCUAUAAUGGCUAUGGACAGUUAGGUCUUGGCGAUACAAAUAACCGAACAACACCUUCACUGGUUUCAUUUCCUAAUGGUUCGACUGAUAGUCCGAUCAAAAAUAUUGUGGCCGGCAACCAGCAUUCAUUAUUUUUAUUGGAGGAUGGUCAGAUUUUCGGAUGUGGUUACGGUCAACGUCUUAUCAAUGAUAACAUGCAAGAUGCAAUGGUGCCAAUAAAAAUAUCAAUUGAAAAUGUGCAAAGUGUGGCUUGUAAGAAUCAUCUCAAUGUUUCAAUGGCUUUGGAUCAGUCAUCACAGUAUUAUGCAUGGGGUAUUAUGAAUGAUGGACUAUUUUCAUCACCCAAAAAAUUGGAUGGUCCACCGGAAUCAUUUGCCGCAGCAUCAGCAAUGAUAAACAAAUCUCCAAUCACUUAUGGCCUAACAUCAACUGUCAAUGUGUUGCAAUCAAAUAAUCCCAUUUCAUUUAUUGCAUUAUUGAAUAAUCCGGAUAAUUAUGAUGUCGAGUUUGUUAUCGAUGAUAAACGUAUAUUGGCUUCAAAGUGUUACCUGAAAAUAGCAUCACAAUAUUAUGGUCGAAUGUUUUCAGGAAAAUGGCUGGAAAACACUGAAGUGGUCAUCAAAGAUUAUAGUUAUGAUGUCUAUUACGCAUAUCUAGUCAUGUUACAUAAUGGUCGCAUCCGAAUCGAUCAAUUCAACAUAUUCCAACUUAUUGAUUUGGCCAAUUGUUAUAAUGAUCAACAAUUAAUGAAACAAUGUCAUACAUUCAUACAAAACAAUCUGAAUGAACGGACAUUAUUUACUUAUUUUCCCUUGAUUAACAAAUACCAACUUGAUGACGUGCAUGACAUACUUGUAGAACUAACAAUCGAGAAUGUAUGGCCUAAAAUAGCUGACAAUCUGAAAACAGACAAAACUAAAAUUGUCAAAUUUCUUGAAUUGGUUUUAUUCGAACAACAAUCUUUAACUACCGAACAAUAGUGUAUUGAAUUUGAU